UUUGUUUGUUGAUAUUUGAGGUUAUGUUAUUCUGCUCUCAAUAUUGAAGAUCGAAAUAAAUACUUAACCAUGGAAAUAGAAACGGAAGGUGAAAUCAGUAUACCUUCAGAGCCUGUGAUGGUGACUACGUGUAAAUACUGCAAUGAGCCGGAGAACAAGCAGGACCGGCCGGGUCUGAUCUGCGAGAGCUGCAUCUGUUUCGUACAUCUGACGUGCCUGAGGAGUUCCGGGACGCCGGGAGACUUCUCUUGUGAUGUUUUCUUCGAUUUCAACUGCGAAGACUGCUCUCCUAGUGGCAAGGAGGUUUUUACGAGGAAUAGAUUUCCUUGGGUAAAUGUAAUCCAUCUGACUCUGCACCACCUGACCACACAGUCGUACGGCAUCAGCAACCACGGCUACUUCCACUACAAGACCCACAUAUGCUCCUUCAUCGACCGAUGCUGGCAGUCACUAUUCGGCGCUCAGACUAAGCAGAAAAAGAACUGGGUGGGAACGAUAGCGGGAGUGCUCUCCGUGUACAACAAACUGUUCUUCAAGUCAGGGUCAUCAGUGCUCGGGGAGACCGGUUGGUGGAAACUGCUGCACAACUUCUCACCUGCUGUUGCUGCUCAUAUCAUACAAGAAAUAGCAAGGGACAAGCCUAGAGGUCGACCUCGGAAUCAGUUAUCUAUUGACAAGAAUCUAUUGCUUUUCAAAGUCACUGAAAUGGGCUACAAGGACUUGAUUAACAAUGAGAGCAGCUCUACCGCGUCUUCUGAGCCUGUGCCGUGCAAGAAGAGGCGAGUAGACUCUGACGAACUGAGCGGCGUCUCCAGCACCUCGUAUUAUGAUCAGCUGGAUUCUGAUGGCAGGAACGAGAUAGGCGACGAGAGCACGUUUGACGAGUCACUCAGCAUGCUGACACACAAAGACUCGUACUCAGAUCUCGAGUUCAGAGGGUUCGAGUUCCCAACCGCCAACCGGAUCAUGCCCGUGCAAAGCGACUCUUCAAGCAUACACUCCUUCCAACAAUCAAUGCUGUACUACGACUCGGACUCCCGAAGCGGUUCAGAACACGAAGCCAGGAAGACCUUCGACAGGCCCAAGAAACCACCUCCAGAAGAAAGACCGAUCAGAAGAGAGUCAUUAUUCUCUACAGAAUUAAACUCUGUAGGUAACCCCUGGGAGGAACCUCUUCCGAAACCUGAUCCGAACCUGGUGGAACUGACUCAGUAUCAGGAGGUACAGCUUCUGAAAAAGGUGGAGAAUCUGAUACCGAAGGUCAAGGAUCCUAAUAAGAAGGGUCAUUUGAGCAGGCUGAGGGCUAAAUUGGCGCUGAGAAGGUUGAAGAGACAUAAGCAUCUGCCUAUAUUUGAUUUGGAUAAAGAGGUGAAGUUACUGGGCGGCUAUAUGACUGAAGAUCCCAGAGUCGUAGUCAAUGCUGAAAGAGUUCUGGAUCGUUUCCAGAGAUCGUACCUUAUAGACAACCUCUGUGGCACUAUAGCAAGUACCAACUAUGGUACUCUGUUGCUAUCCAACAUAGAGGCGACACCGUUCCGCUCGCUACACUCGGGCGCCACGCUGAAGCCCUAUAUACGACGUGACGGGGACUCCGCCCCAACGUGGUUGAAGUUGACUGACGAGCUUCUAAGGAAGACUAACAGACAUAUAAAGGACUACGAGCCUCCUCCCCGCGCGACCAUAGACUACUCGUACGUGCGGCCGCAGCACAUCGCCGCCGUCAACAAUCUCUGUGCACAGUUCUUCUGGCCUGGGAUCGAUAUGACAGAAGCCCUACAGUAUCCUGAAUUCAGCUGCGUGGUAACAUACAAGAAGCUGGUGAUAGGUUUCGCGUUCCUGGUGCCUGAUGUGCGACACAACGAGGCUUACAUCUCCUUCGUGCUGACUCGGCCGGAGUGGAGGAACGCUAAGAUUGCAACCUUCAUGCUGUACCACUUGUUACAGACUUGUACAGGACAGGAUGUAACACUACAUGUAUCACCAACGAAUUCAGCCAUAUUCCUGUACCAGAAGUUUGGCUUCAAAGUUGAGGAGUUAAUACAAGACUUCUACGAAAAGUACUACGACAUCGAUUACAAAGGCUGUCGUCACGCUCUUUUCCUUAGGCUUGUACGAUAAAUAAAUAGUUUAAUAACUUCAUGGGUA